AUGUCGCAGGCUAUGAAUGGCCGCCCAUUAGCGCCAUAUUCUGCUGGCGACGGGAAGAGCCGAAGAAGUAGCGAUGCUUCAAACUCUAGCCCUUUAUCAAAGGCUCGCAUACACUCCGCAUGCGAAUGGGAGUCCAUGCAUUCGAUCGUCAAGCAAUUGUACGUUACGGAGCAUCGAAAGCUCUCGGAAGUCAUGUUUAUCAUGGACCGGCAUUACGGUUUCAAAGCCACGGAGCAAAUGUAUAAGAAGCGCUUCACAGCGUGGGGUCUAGCCAAAAAUAGAAAACGAAGCAACUCCAAGACGCCAUCUCUGGGAGAUAAACCCCACGCUGGGAGUUCUAUAACAGAAGCACGCAGUCCAGGUGCGAAAUUCGUCUUGCGGAAAAACGAUAUGGGUUAUAGCCCGGCUGAGAAUGCAGUCCGUAGUAUUGCAGUUUGGGUCGGUGGGAGUUUUGACAGCAUCCAAUGGCUACAGAGCAAUCAGCGGCUGGGUGUUUCUAGUGCAAAUGCUCCUACCAGCUACCCAAGUACGCGGAUGUACCAGGAUAUGGCCUUGUCAUAUGCCUUGCUGGAUCGACGUCAGGGGUAUUUGGCAGGUCUUGCGGUCAGAAAAGCCUUCUGGCGAAUCGAGAAAGUCAUCACAGUUGGCGAUCCGGGGAUAAUGAGGAACUUGGUCGACAUCAUCACCCAAAUGCUCAAGCUAAAGCAAUCUCAACUGCUUCGGAUGCUCCUUUCCCAACUGGCAAACCUCGCAACUCAUCGAUUACCAAAACUACAUCCAUUGUCUCAGUUUUUCCAUAGUCUUUCGAAAGCAAAUACGGACUUCCCAGCUGUUCUCAAAACUUCUUACCAUUGUUUUGUCGAGAAGUUCCAUGGGGGAAUGAGCGACGAGUUUUAUUGGAUGUAUGACAACUGGGCUUGGGAUACAAGCAACAGGCCUAUGGAUACCGACCCUGAAGCGGAUUACAAGCGGACUACCGAAGCUUUGACGAUCCUGGCAUUGGCGGAAUCUACUGGAGCCGCCGACGGAUCGAAUUCACACCUACAAAUGCUCAAGUCUAAUUCCGCCCUGAUGAAAAGCGAGGGGUUCAAGAAGACUUCGGCUGCUGGUAUACUGGCGAAGAUGAAAGGCCAGCCCAGCUCGAAUGAUGUGUUUGGGGACCCAAAGGUAAGAACAUACAUGCAGACAGCGAUCAUUCGACAGGCAAUAGAUCAAAAAGACUGGUCGACUGCUAGGGAGAUCAUGUUAGGGAAUGUCCAGAUGAUGGAAAUUCAAUAUGGCCGCAACAGUCGAGAAAUUAUUCGAGAACUUUGGUCACUGGAGAAAGUGACGAGAAAGGCAGGGAAUGAUGAAGAAGCAGAUUCCCUGGCGGAGGAUGCUUUGAAUCGGGUCAACACAUACCUGUCAGAAGUUCCAGGGUUUGUGUAG